CUAAGUACUCAGAGCUUUUAAAAGGGUAGAGUAGAGUAGAGUAAACCGGUGCUUAAAUUCCUAAUUGAUUUUUUAAAAUUAUCCUCCCCCAGGGCGGAAAUUAGAGCUGUCGAUAGAAAUCAUCGGAAAAAUGCAGGAUUUUAACGUAGCUGUAUUCCGGUAGGAUGUGUCUAACUUCGUCCUCCUUCCUACAAAUGAUAGCAGUGAAGACACGACUCAUUGCUCUUUCGAAGUCGACUCUUCGUGAGAAAAAUUAGCUCUGUGAGCAGGUCAGGGGUCGACAAAGAUGGGGCCGUCUGGACUGCGAUGAGGAGGUAGAGGUUGUUGCUGUUGACGAGGCUGCGGUAGACCUCGUCACCAAUCGAGAGAGAACCGGAGUUAGAGCAAUUGAAACCGGCAGACGCGAUGCCCAAAUACUACGAAGAGAAAGAGACGGACUGGCGCGCGUGCGCAGGGGUGCGCGAGGAUCUGAGCACCUGUCUGUUGGAGAGUGCCUGUGUCAUCCAGGAAGGAAAAAGCCCCAGACUGUGCCUGAAGGAAGGACAUUGCAAAGCUUUGCAAGUUUUAUUUUUUGAAUGCAAAAGAUCAAUUUUGGAUAACAGAGCAAGAUUCAGAGGAAGAAAAGGAUACUGAAGCCUCGCUAUUAAGAAGCAACAAACAUGGGCAAUCUUGGAUGCACUGACACCUUGAGAUUAACAGACUGGAAUAAAGAGUUUAUCUUCUGCAGUUUCCUUGACUCUGUUUCAUUCCAGUGGAAAUUAUUUUUGUGUUAAAUACAUAAAGACUGAAGUUGCUGAAUACCAGAAGUACAACUAUGGAAAUGGUCUGGCAAUUUGUGGUGAUUACAUUUUAAAUAAAGUAUAUUGGAUUGCCAUAA